AUGUCCAACAUCCAAUACCAUCGCGUCCCUCUUGACGAGGAGCCCAGUCCUAACAGCCGCCGAAUGCGGCGUGAUCCCGAUACAGACUGUGAAACGACUUCAAAUAAUCGGAGCAAGUCCCACAAGCACUGGGCGUGGCUUGCCCAUGCCGUGCUCCUCUCAGUUUCAAUGGCAUUCUUUGCUAUUUCAUUUUGCCUAAGGUCUGGAAACCAUACCGCUCAUAGACCCCUACUUAAUGCAGCACCGGUAUUACCGGUAAUCGAGUACGAAACCAAACAAGCCGGAUUGAGACCAGCAUGGAGGGACUCGCCAUAUGCGGGUCGGAGUGACGAGGCGGAAGAGGCCUGGCGAUCUCUUACACAAGCAGGCGAUGUGUUUCUCACCAAAGCAACGGCCUUGAAACUGGGCGUAUCACCCAGCAUGGCAACGAGCAAGCACCCCGAGACGGGCGAGCAGGGCUACGAAGCAGGCGUUGAAGUGUUUUACCAGCUGCGUUGCUUGAACCUGCUGAGGCAGGAAGCUCGUGGAGUGGGCAGCAUCGAGGCAACCGCAGAUAUUGACUACUGUGUUGAGCUACUCCGGGAGACUCUGAUGUGCCACAGUGAUGCGGGCAUCUUCGCCGUCAGCAGCACCGCCGAGCAUAUGAGCCAAGGGACACCUGGCAGGGUGCUCGAGUACGAAGGGACCCGCACGUGUCAGAGUUUCGAGGCAGUGAGGAAAUGGAGUGAUGAGCACGAGGUGAAAUCAAGGCAAGACAAUGCCGAGUCCAAUAUGGGUAACUAG